AUGUGUGGCAUCUUCGCCUGCCAUCGUCAUCCCGACGUCCAAAAGUUCAAGCCGACCGCUUUGAAGCUGGCCAAGGCGGUUCGGCACAGGGGUCCCGAUUGGAGUGGAAGCGUUAUCGCUAACAGCACGAUUCUCUGCCACGAGCGUCUGAGUAUCGUGGGUGUCGAAUCCGGCGCCCAACCCCUUACCAAUGCCGACGAGACCAUCAUCCUUGCCGUCAACGGCGAAAUCUACAACCACCGCCUCAUCCGAAAGAACCUAAAGAACCCCUACCACUUCAAGACCCACUCUGACUGCGAGGUCGUCAUCCCCUUGUAUAUGGAACACGACAUCGAUGCCCCUAAAUCCCUCGACGGCAUGUUCUCCUUUGUCCUCUACGACAAGACCCAGGACAGGGUAGUUGCCGCGCGUGACCCCAUCGGUAUCACUAGCUUCUACCAGGGCUGGUCCUCAAAGGAGCCGGAUACCGUAUACUUCGCCUCCGAGCUGAAGUCUCUCCACCCGGUUUGCGACAAGAUCAUCGCCUUCCCUCCCGGACACAUCUAUGACUCCAAGACGGGCAAGACGACCCGAUACUUCGAGCCCUCUUGGUGGGAUGCCUCCAAGGUCCCCACUACCCCCGUCGACUACAAGCUCCUCAGGGAGACCCUCGAGCGCUCCGUCAGGAAGCGACUGAUGGCUGAGGUCCCCUACGGUGUACUUCUCUCUGGCGGUCUGGACUCUAGCUUGGUGGCCUCCAUUGCCCAGCGCGAGACCCUUAGGUUAAAGAAGGCCGGCCCACAAGUCAACGGCGGCGUUGUCGACGACGAGUCCGCCAACGUCGACAAGGGCGAGGGCCUUGUCGGUAUCGACGAAGACUACAACCUAUCUACCCUUACCUACCUUCCCCAGCUCAACUCAUUCUCCAUCGGUCUUCCUGAUGCUCCCGAUACCAAGGCCGCCCUCGAGGUCGCCAAGUUCCUCGGAACGAAGCACCACAUGAUGACCUUUACUAUCGAGGACGGCCUCAACGCUCUCUCCGAUGUCAUCUACCACCUCGAGACUUACGAUGUCACUACGAUCCGUGCCUCCACUCCUAUGUACCUCCUUUCCCGAAAGAUUAAGGCGAUGGGCAUCAAGAUGGUGCUUAGUGGUGAGGGAAGCGAUGAGAUCUUUGGUGGUUACCUCUACUUCCAUGCGGCGCCGUCCAAGGAGGAGUUCCACGAAGAGACUGUUAGCCGUGUAAAGAACCUCCAUCUUGCCGAUUGUCUCCGUGCCAACAAGUCUACUUCCGCCUGGGGUCUCGAGGCCCGUGUUCCCUUCCUGGACAAGCAGUUCCUCGAGGUUGCCAUGGGCGUUGACCCUCAGGACAAGAUGAUCACCAAGGACAGGAUCGAGAAGUACAUCCUCCGCAAGGCCUUCGACACUAAGGACGAGCCCGGCGUAGAGCCUUACCUCCCCGACGAGAUUCUGUGGAGGCAGAAGGAGCAGUUCUCCGACGGUGUCGGUUACGGAUGGAUCGAUGCCCUCAAGGACAACGCCGAGUUGCACGUUACCGACGAGAUGAUGAAGAACCCUAAGCCUGAGUGGGGUGAUGAGAUUCCUACUACCAAGGAGGCCUACUGGUACCGACUCAUGUUCGACGAGCACUUCCCCUCGUACUGCGCGUCGACCGUCAUGAGGUGGACACCCAAGUGGUCUAAACAGACCGAUCCUAGCGGCAGGGCUAUCGCUAUUCACAACGCCAAGUACGACGGCACCGAGUAA